AUGUUGGAACAGACUCCCAUCCCGCUUUGGUUGGACUGCGAUCCUGGCCACGAUGAUGCAUUCGCAAUCCUUAUCGCCGCUCAUCAUCCCUCGUUGAAUCUUCUUGGCAUUUCCACCAUCCAUGGGAAUGCCUCGCUGGAGAAGACGACAAACAAUGCUGGGAGUGUGCUGGAAGCAAUCGGCAGACCCGACAUCCCGGUCUAUCCUGGUAGCCAGAAACCAUUCUCUCGGCCUGCUCUUCACGCGCCUGAUAUCCAUGGCGAAUCGGGUCUAGAUGGAACCGACCUUCUGCCCAAACCAUCUCGGUCACCGGUCAAAGAUAAGAACCCCAUUUUGGCAAUGCGAGAUGCUCUCCUUGCGCAGCCGAAGGGGACGCCAUGGGUGGUAGCUACAGGCACCUUGACCAAUGUCGCAUUGCUAUUUGCAACAUUCCCCGAAGUUGUAGAGCACGUCCAAGGUCUGAGCAUCAUGGGCGGUGCCAUCGGAGGAGGCUUCACUGAUGCACCUAUGAGCCGGCUACCAGGCGAGAAGUCGCGAGUUGGGAAUGUGACGCCGUGGGCAGAGUUCAACUUUUACUGCGAUCCCGAAUCCUCAGAGUCGAUUUUCAGCAGUGCCCUACUGGCUUCGAAGACCACUAUCAUCACUCUCGAUUUAACUCACCAGGUUCUCGCAUCUCAGGCGGUCCAGACUCGUAUCUUGCAUGGCUCAAGCGACCCAUCCAAGCCGCCGACGAUUAUCCGACGGAUUCUUCAUGCACUGCUGACCUUCUUUGCUGCCACGUAUAAAAAUGUGUUCGGCUUGGCUACUGGUCCCCCGUUGCAUGAUCCUCUCGCCGUUGCGGUGGUUCUGUCGUCUUUGAACCCGGCAUUUGUGCAGAAGCACCCUGGCCAGGCCCUUCAUUUUGACGACAAAGGCGGCGAGCGCUUUGCCGUGAGUAUCGUCACGGAUGGACGUCAUGGAAAAGACGUCUCAAGUACGGGUCAGCUGGGACGCUCUGUGGCGGCGCCAGUUGAGGGACCCGGUGUGGCCAUUCCCCGAGGCGUUGAUCUGCCUGAAUUUUGGGAUCUCAUACUUCGGUGUGUCCAAUUGGCCGACGACUGCAAUGCAGCCCGGGCGGCUUGA